CGCACAGAUAUAGGAAACAUUUCCAGAUGUCACUUAAUUGAAAUAGCAAUAUCGUGAAGAUAAUCAAUGUAACAAAUGGAGCUAUUACUAUUACUAAUACAACCACUAACACUAAUAAAAUCGUCAUAAUCGUCACAAUUUCACUCAUGUUUAUCAACUGUUUUACAUGUACUGUACUGUAGAAAAAUGUAACAGUUACUAUGUACAUGCAAUAUGCACAUAGUUUAAGCGCGUGUAGUGUUAAUAAAUAGAUCGGAAUAUGUUAGUGUAAUAAUAGGGUAUGUAAGUCUCGUCAUGUGACUUGCGAGUUUUCACGAUACUUUGAACUUCCGGGUAACAACACUGUUUAUCUAUAGGCAAGUUGAUUGUUAUUGUUUUGAUUCGUAUAUUUCCGCGCAUGCGCAUUUACUGGUUGGCAGAAACAAAACAAAUAAACAUGGCGUCAAAGGAAAUCGAUAUGAUGGUGGCGAGUAAAUUAACAACGCAGAUUUCUCAUUUAGAUACAAUUUCAAUGAAUAGAUAUGCUGAAAAGUUGCUUGUGGAUGGAUUUAUGAUUCCCGAUCCGUACGGGACAGGUUUAAAGUACGAAACCUCUACACAGAAGUGGCCGAAUGUUUUGUUUGGUGACAUUUACAACUACCUGAUCAAUACGCCAGGAAUCUACACACAAGAAAGUAUGAAAGCAUAUAAAUCACUUGAUGGGUAUAAUUUCUUCGCGUGUGGCCAUGUCCAGGAAGUCCUGUUUUCUGAAGUUUUUGUGUGUUAAAGUCAAAGGUCAUGCCAUCUCAGAGUGUCACAAAGAAGCCUCAUGAACCCUGGGUGUGUGUACACAAGGAGAAGGGCUACAUAAUCUCUGCACAUUUAACAUGUAAAGCUGGACUUGGAGAAGCUUGCAGUCAUGUUGCUGCCCUCCUCUUCAAAAUUGAGAGAGCAUCAUUGUAUGGGUUAAACAAAGAAAGUCGAACUAGUGUCACAUGUGCCUGGAACCAGUUCUACCAAAAGAAGGUAACGCCUCAGCCCAUUAAUGAAAUCGACUUCAACAGGCCCAAGCGUAAGGUCAUCAAAAAGCGGAAGAAACCAACAGCUGACAGUGAUGAAGAUGACCUUGAUGUAUCAUCAAUGUUCAGGAAGUUAAGGCAAAUUCACCCUCUGCUUGCGUCUAACUAAAGGAUGACUCGGAAACUGAUACUGCUUCAGAAGACGAGGACUUGCCACCAGUAAGCAUUUAUUAAGCUUUAAUUAUUCAUUUAAACUAAUUGCCUGAUUUUAUUAAAAAUCAAAUUUGCAUCCAUUACAUCAUGUUAAAGGAACUCCACUUUGGUUUUUUUGAUCACAUUAAAGGGACUCCACUCUGGAUAUUUGAUAUGGCGAGACUAAACACAUUAUUUGGAGAUUACUGUUCAGUUUGAUGAAAAUAUUGACCAAUAACUUGUGUGCAAAGUUCCAGAUCAUUUUCUCACUUCGGUUGUCUAGAAUUCAAAUUUAUGUUCUGAUUACAUUUAAGAAAUAUUAUGUUUCUUGGUUAUCCUUUGCAUAGAUUUAUGGGUUAACUACGCCACCUUUUCUAU